AUGACAAUUGGUUCGCCAACUCUGACUCCAUGUCCGAAUCUAUCUAAAAGAGUUAGACAACUGCACAACGAGGAAGCGGCCAUCGAGUGGGCCAAGCUUGGCUAUUCUCAGAUGACCAAGGACCACAACCUGUGUGAUGAAAACGAAUGUCGCGCCAACGACCUCCACACGGUCAAGUACGUAACGAAACAUACUCGAGAUGGGUGUCAAUGCUGUUUUCUACGCACCGAUCCUAGAGCUCUGAGGCCUAUAUACGAUGCUGGCACUUUCCCAGUCGUCUCACUGACGACAGAGAACGGAUCGGCCUCUCUAUGUGUUCGCGCUUUCCAGCCGGGCGUAGAAUACAUUGCUAUCUCGCAUGCUAUUUCAGAUGGGAGAGGAAAUGUGAAUGACUCGGCCUUGCCGGCAUGCCAACUCCUUGAAAUCGACGCGUACGUGCGCAAGCUACAGAGCACGGCAAGACCAAACGCAGAACCUGGCUGGUUCUGGAUGGAUACGCUGUGCAUCCCCUCGCACCUCAUAAUCAGCACCGAAUACAAGGCGGAGACCCGAGCAUCAUUCAAACAGAGUACCGAGAAGGCGGUGGGGACUUUAGUCCUCGACGCCGAUAUCCGACAAAUGGGCCGGGGUUUCAGCUAUUCAGAAGCCUUCCUCCGCAUUCAGUUCUCGAGCUGGUCGUCGAGGAUGUGGACCUUGCAAGAAGCGGUUUUGACGCCCAAAGUUUUCUUGCAGUUGAAGGACGAUGUUGUUGACCUGGAUGUGAUUAUCAAGGCACAUGACAAAGAUGCGAAUAACCUGAACCUGCCGGUUGAGCCGUUCGCAGUAUAUGGGAAUCUGCGGAAGUACCUGUCAGGCUUGGGGGGCUACUCGAUCAGAAGCCCUGCUCACCUUGCAAUGCUUCACCAGGCUCUACGAGACAGGCGCACGAGCAACGAGGUGGACAAGCGCUUGAUUGUGGCCAACUUGCUGGGGAUGGAUGCCAGAAGCCUUUCGGAGGCUAUUUUCGAUCAGGUACUGCACCGGGAAUGA